UCCUCUGCCCGACUGCUGGGGCCACUGAGAACAGCCCCCCACACCUGAAAGCCACCCCGGAUCAACAGCGCACCCUCCACUUGGCAGUGUGCAGAGAGAGACGCCCCAUCUUCCGAGACCAUGGCAGGUAAGAAGGUGCUCAUCGUGUACGCCCACCAGGAACCCCGCUCUUUCAGCGGCGCCCUGAAGACGGCGGCGGAGCGGGAGCUGAGCCGGCAGGGCUGCGUGGUCACAGUGUCCGACUUGUACGCCAUGGACUUCGAGCCCCGGGCCACGAGGCAGGACAUCGUGGGUGACCUCUCGACUCCCGAGUACUUCAGUUACGGGGUGGAAGUGUAUGAAGCCUACAAGAAGGGGUCACUGUCCAGCGACAUACUCGCCGAGCAGAGGAAGGUUCGGGAGGCGGAUCUGGUGAUAUUUCAGUUCCCGCUGUACUGGGUGAGCGUGCCGGCCAUCCUGAAGGGCUGGAUGGACAGGGUGCUGUGCCAGGGCUUCGCCUUCGACUUCCCGGACUUCUACGAUUCCGGCUUCCUCAAGAACAAGCGGGCCCUCCUGUCCUUGACCACGGGCGGCACCGCUGACAUGUAUGCCAAGUCGGGAGCCAUUGGGGACAUCCGGUACUUCCUGUGGCCCAUCCAGCAUGGCGUGCUGCACUUCUGUGGGUUCGAGGUGCUCGCCCCUCAGAUCAGCUUUGCCCCUGCGACCGCGUCUGAGGAAGAAAGGAAGGUCAUGGCGGCGGCCUGGGCCCAGAGGCUGAAAACCAUCUGGAAGGAGGAGCCGGUGGACUGCAGCCCCGAGGGGUGCUUCGGGCAGUGACGCGGGUGCCCAGUGCGCCCCAGAGGGCACGCGAGGGGGGAGCACGCGGGACUGGGGUUGGGGCCUGGGAGGCGCCGGGAGGAGACGCCCAGCGCAGACGGGCGCGUGAAAGCAGGAGGCCGGAGCGGGCCAGGAAGCCGCCGGUACCCCGGUACCCCAGUUCGCCGCCCCACCUGGAAGGCGGCCCUGUGUUCCCCUGGCCCUCUCCCAGCCAGUGACCGAGGCUGCGUUUGGGGUUACCCCUCGUGCUCUUUUUUAUCUGGCGUCUGCUUUGAAGUUUUCUGUAACAGCCAGCUGACUUGUAUAAAAUCACGGCGUGGCGUGACCUCCAGAGCUUCCUGGGGGUGACCCGCCAGGCACA